AUGGCAAGGAUUUCUUUUCCGCUGUGGGUAUUUUUUAACCUGCAACUUUGCGUGCAGUUCACGGGUGGCUCGAAUGCUCGUGCUCACGAUCAGACAUGGAUUACUAUUCGUCAAAACCAUCAAUGUGUCUCACCUCGGCUGAGAUAUAUCACGGAAGACAACCGAGCGUGGAAAAGUGGAGGUUUAAGCGGCAGACAAAGAAUGGUGAGUAAUAUUUUGCCGUUUUAUUAUUGCACGAUAUAAGACAUGUAUUAAACGUCGAAUGAUACGGGUUGCACAUUAUUUAGGCAGACAUAUCCACCUAGGAGGGGCUUGAGGAAAACCGCUAGCCCUUGCGAAUUAGAUUACAACCUCGACGCCAUCGGAACGUGAUUGUUGACAAUCUGAUGGAGAAUAUUCAAAAAGAUCUACGGCUCAGAAUCCUCUUAUUCGAGCGUUAAAUAAACCAUUCACGCACGUUCGUAAUCUCGAGGGGGUCUCCGGAUCAGGUAUUCUAACGUCGGAACCUAUCUGAAAUCAAUCGGUUUACAAGCAGACAAUUAUCUAUAUUCCUUGAGAUUUAUUUUCAUAAAGCUUAGCUUAUGUGGCUUUCCGCAGGGGGAAGACAUUAACUUGAAUAGUGUCACGAGUGUUAAGAUUAAACUGGAAAGUGACUUCGUGGACUCGCCGAAAUUGAAGAGGACAUUAAUAGCGUUUUGAUCUGUGUUGGUCUGGCGGCUGUAUCAUGCUGUUUUCAUUGUUUUCGUUUUGAGAGCUUGAGUAGGCUAAAGUGCGCUUUUGAGAAAAAGUACUGAAGUGCGAAAAAACGCGACAGGCAUGUGGGCAACAUUCGAGAUUAUUUAAUUUGAGCAGGAGACAACACAAAAUCAAGACAAGGCACUUGGACAAGUGCAUGUUCACAGCAAUAUAUUUGUCAACCACUGGAUGUUUUGGACAAAAUGUGAGCUUCUGUUCGCCUUGUUUACUUCUUAGCAUUCAUGUAAAAUUUCUGCAAAAGUUUUUAAGGACUAAUGUGUUUUAAGAGUGACGUUCACCCAAAAAUGUAAACCAAAUGGAUCUCUGCUAUCACGGGAAAAGAAAAAAAGAAGUACGUGAGAGUAUCUUUCAACGAAAUCCCAUCAUGAAGUGCAUGUAUUGCGUUACUUUAAUCUUGUUUUCAUCUCAAGAGUCAAAGAGUCAGAGAAUGAAUUUUUGGUCAGAGGCGUCGAACAUUUCCUGAGACGUACGAAGUUUCCGAAAAUUUCCGAACUAGUACCGAAGAAUUCAGGCACAACCUUCGCUCCUUUUCAGAAAUCAUGCGGGUUUCGGGAAAAGAAGGACUGUUCAAAAAGCCUUUUCUUUCCUCGGAUUGCUACAAGCUUCUUUCGCUCUGCAUAAUUUUUGAGAAUGGAUAGUCGUGACAUGCAAGUCAGAACCUACAUUCGAAUCUACUGAUUAAUUAGAGUUAAUCAUCAAAAGGGCCAAGCUAAAAAUAUUUUAAUCCCUCUUGAAAAAUCCCUCUUCAGAUCUUAUUAUACCGAAUUGAUGCAUGUCAUCAGGCGAGCAAAGCUAAGCACAGUUAUACGGAUCAACGAAGAAGGAGUGUCUUUGUCGUCUUCGAAGCUAUUCAUUGUGUAUAUAUGAGAAGGACUGAGCUGCCAAAUCUUGAUUGCGCACAGAUUUAGAAGAUUUUUAAAGGGUUUCCACUUUAAUCCUCGUGCUAUGUAUUGAUGGUUUUCCCUUACGUUGUAGCAACUUGACAUAAUAUCUGCUUAAGACAUUAAAACCUUCAAGUGUUUUUGAAUCUAAAAAAAAAAUUUAAAACAUUAAUUCCUCUGACAUCUUUGUUUUGCAGAUAGGAAAAAGAGACAUAAAAGCAGAAAUAACAUUUGAAGCCUUUCAACAAAACUUCACACUCGACCUAUAUCAGAAUCGUGGUCUAUUUACCUCGCAGUACCUCGAAAGACACGAACACUUCAAUGGCUCUGGAAACGACGCCGGAAAAGUUGAUCAAUGUUUCUUUCACGGACUCGUCAGGGGUAGGGCAAAGUCGAGUGUGUCCCUGAGCACUUGUGAAGGUGUAGAAGGGCUGAUAUACGACGGUGAAACAUCUUACUAUAUUGAACCUACGGACCGCUCCUUUCAUUUGUUCUACAAGAUAAAAGAUCUUAGCCUGGUUGAAUAUAAUCCGCGUGGUCAAAGGAUAAUUCAGGAUAGCGGCAUUCAAACGGUUAAUACAGAAAGACAAGCUUUAGAAAGAAGAAUUGGCAACGUCAAGACUCGAAGAAGAAUUCGUAAAAAUGUCUUCACCGAGACUAAAUAUGUUGAAAUGCUUAUAAUUAACGAUCACAAGCAGUUUGAGGCUUGUGGGAAGAAUUUGACGAAGACAAAUUUGCGAGCCAAACAAAUUGCAAAUAUAGCGGACGCCAUUUUCAAGCCGUUGAAUGUUCGUGUAGUAUUGGUCGCCAUAGAAACGUGGGACGUUUUGGACAAAGUCAAAGCGGACGCUAAUGCCGAUACAUACUUGUCAAAUUUAGUGAAAUACAGACAAAAGAGACGGCGAAAAUAUUCGAGCGACGUAACAAAACUUUUGACGGGAGUAUCACUUAAAGAUUCCGUUCGAGGUAAAGCUCAUGUGAUGACGAUUUGCACAGAUCAAUCGGCAGGCGUGAUCCAAGAUUACAGCCGAAAUGCAGCUUUUACUGCCAGUACAUUUGCCCAUGAACUAGGCCAUGUGUUCGGCAUGUAUCACGAUGAGGACCUACCUCGUUGCGUGUGUAAAUCACCCAAUUCGCGCGGUUGCGUUAUGAGCGAGCAUGUCGGCCGUGAACCAGCCACUGGCUUCAGUAACUGCAGUCUCAAAGGACUUUACGAAACACUAUCGCGGGGCUUAGGAUCAUGCCUUUUUAAUGUCCCUAGAACGUUGUACGGGGGCCCUGUAUGUGGAGACGGGAUAGUCGGAGGGGACGAGGAGUGUGAUUGUGGUACCGCACAAGAAUGCGCUGCUGAGGGAAACGCCUGUUGUGAUCAUGUGACUUGCAAGCUGUACGCGCAUGUGCAGUGUGCUGGGGGCCCUUGCUGUGAGAGGUGCAUGUUUAAAAAGAGCGGAAGUGUUUGCAGGGAGACUGUGAACGAAUGUGACAUCCCAGAAUUCUGUACUGGAUCUUCUGGGAGUUGUCCUAAGGACGUCUUCGUUUACAAUGGUUACCCUUGCGCCAAUAACACGGCCUACUGUUACUCUGGGCAAUGUUUAACCCACGACAGCCAAUGUCAAGACCUGUGGGGCCGCGAUGCCGUUUCUGGUCCAGAUAAGUGCUAUAAUUACCACAACACGCGUGGCAACAAGUAUGGGUUUUGCCAUAAGACGAAGAAAGGAAAGUAUCGACCGUGCAAGCUAAAGAACGCAAAAUGUGGUAAACUAUGGUGCCUUGCUAGCAAUCAGUGGCCUAUCAUAGGUAUACAAAGAGACGUAAUGGGUUCCCAGUGGCCAUUUCAAAGCAAAACAGUCACAUGUAAAGGCACUAAUUUACAAAUGGGCAUGGAUGUAUCGGAGGCUGCGAUGACCCUUGAUGGAACAAAAUGCACUGAUGGAAAAGUGUGCCUGAACAGAAAAUGUGUACCUAUUAGAGCACUACUUGGAAAGGCGCUUCUAUGUCCCAAGAACUGCUCUGGUAAUGGUAUAUGUACUAACAUCGGUACAUGCUAUUGUUUCAAACCUUGGACUGGGACUUCUUGUGAUACCAAGCUCUCAGAUAUUAAACCAACGUCUAUCACGAAGAAGCCCAUCAAAACAAUGCUGCAAAGUACUUCUGAAAAAACGCAAUUGAUCAGUACGAAACCGCGAACAAUUGCGACGAUGAAACCAGUUACAAAUACAAGCCCGACUGGAUUGCAAGAAGCAGAAUCCACACAGGUUUACAUCGCAGUCUCUGUGAGUUUUUUCGUUCUCGUCGUCGUCUUUGUUAUAGGACUUUGCAGUUAUAACCGACGGUAUAGGCACCGGAAAUUUGUUGUGCUGAAUAAGGACAAGAAACAAAAGGUUGAACCGCGACUUAAAGUUAUCGUUAUUUAAGAAAGUGUUUUAAUAUAAAUAUUUAUUGCAAGCGGAGGCUUAAACAAACGUAAUUUAAAAAGAAUAAGUGUA